CUGAUCUAAACUUUCUCACCCUUGAGAGCUCUUGAAACAAAAUUUGCUAUAUAACGAGUACAUUUGGCUCUCAUUUGGGGAAGCGUUUCAUUUGGUUUUCAUCUGGGGGUGCAUCUGGGACCGGGAGGAGGCCUCUUUCCCUUUCUUUCUUCUGCUUCUUCUCCUUCUUCUUCGGCAGGCUCUCUGGUUCGGUGAUGGAGUUUUGCAAGAUGCGACGUUUUUUUUCCCGUUUUGAACGUCGGAAUCGGGCUUGCGGUGUUCUCCGGCAUCUGUAGGUCAUACUUGGACAGUUGAAAGGCCUGGACUCAUCGAACAUCAUCCUCGUUCUUUGUUGAGGCUGAUUCUGCGCUUUUUCAGCUCGUCUUUGUUCUUCAGGUCUAUUUGCGUGAUUCGUAGUGCUUACAGCUCUCUUAGUUACAAGCCUCGAUUUUGCAGGAAGAACAGCAAUGGCAUCCAAAUGAACUGCCUUACAGUGGAAAUAGACGAGGAGGAGGAGUCAAACCUCCUCGAGCACGCCGCGAACAAUGACGUCGAAGCCUUCCGGAGGUCCAUCGAACGUGAUCCCUUAGCCAUUGAUGAGGUUGGCCUCUGGUAUGGCCGCAAGAAGGGUUCCAACCGCAUGGUGCUCGAGCAUCGGACUCCGUUGAUGGUGGCCUCAACAUACGGAAGUCUCGAUGCGCUCAAGUUCAUCGUCUCCUUACCUUCCGUAGAUAUCAAUCGAGCCUCUGGCCCUGAUAGAACUACAGCGCUCCACUGUGCUGCCUCUGGUGGAUCCUAUUAUGCUGUUGAUGCUGUGAAGUUGCUUCUUGACGCUGGUGCCGAUCCCGAUUUGAUUGAUGCCAAUGGAAACCGCGCGGCCGAUGUGGUCGUGGCGCCUCCCAAGUUGCCUGGUGUAAAGCUUGCUCUCGAGGAACUUCUAGGAGGCAGCAUCAACAGUACAGUGGCGGUAGAAUAUCGCGGUCUUCCUCUUUGCGUGAUGACCACCUCUUCUAUCUCCGAUUCACCACCUCUGUCUUUGUCACCUGAUGAGGAAGGGUCUCCUUUGUCCAACUCUACUUCUUCUCCACCCAUAGCUAAGUUCUCUGAUCUUCCUAGGGUUGCUGUGUCUGAGAAGAAAGAGUAUCCUGUUGAUCCAUCACUCCCAGACAUCAAGAACAGUGUAUAUGCUAGUGAUGAGUUCCGCAUGUUUUCAUUCAAAAUCCGUCCGUGUUCCCGAGCUUAUUCUCAUGACUGGACUGAGUGUCCCUUUGUCCAUCCAGGCGAGAACGCUAGGCGGCGUGACCCAAGAAAGUAUCACUAUAGCUGUGUCCCAUGCCCUGAUUUUCGGAAAGGGACAUGUCGAAGGGCGGACAUGUGCGAGUAUGCUCAUGGGGUGUUUGAGUGCUGGCUUCACCCAGCCCAGUAUCGCACAAGGCUCUGUAAGGAUGGAUCUAGCUGCUCCCGUCGUGUUUGUUUCUUUGCACACUCGAAUGAGGAGCUGCGUCCACUUUAUAUGUCUACUGGCUCUGCUGUGCCCUCUCCCCGGUCAUCUUCUGCUGCAUUGGAGAUGGCUGCAGCUUUGGGUCUUAUGCCCGGAUCACCAUCUUCAGUUUCUGCUAUUAUGGCCCCCUUCACACCACCCAUGUCACCACUGAGCAAUGGUGCUGGUCACUCAACUCUCGGUUGGCAGCAGUCAAGUGUGCCUACGUUGAAUCUUCCAGCGAACAAUAACCAGUCAAGCAGGCUACGCUCCUCUCUCAGUGCAAGAGAUAUGCCUUUGGAGGACCUCUCAGAGUUUGAUACCCAGCAGCUAUUAAAUGAUAUGAACUACUCUGGGUUAGGUUCAUUUGCGGGAAACCACUCUGCCCGGAACAAAACCUUGACUCCCUCAAACCUAGAUGAAAUUUUUUCUGCUGAGAUUGCCUCAUCUCCAAGGUAUAAUUCUGAUCAGGGGGCUUUUUUUCAGCCCUCUCACAGGAGUGCUAUACUCAAUCAGCUGCAGCAACAGCAGCAGCUUACUCUGCUGUCACCCAUUAAAACAAGUGUCUUCUCUCCCACAGCUGAUGAUGCCCAACAUCUCUCUGCUCAUUCUUUGUUGCAAUCAUCACGCACUAUAACUUCUCCUAGCCUCAUGUCUCCAAGAAGUGUGGAGCCUGUCUCUCCGUUGAGCCCUCGCCUUGCUAUGCUUUCUCAGCGGGAGAGGCAGCAACAGACACUCCGUAGCCUGAGUUCACGUGAUCUUUCUCCCAUUUUAUCGCCAACCAUUUGUUCUUCAGUUAGUUCAGCUUGGUCCAAGUGGGCACCACCCUCUGGUGCAGCUGAUUGGGGAGUGAAUGGAGAAGAGCUAGGCCGGCUUAGGCGGUCGUCCUCUUUUGAGAUGCGCGGAAAUGUAGAUGAGCCUGAUUUGUCAUGGGUUCAUUCACUAGUAAAAGAAUCACCACCUGAGAAAUUAGUUUCUGUAGCAAUGUCUCCUAGCACGUCUGGCUUGCCUACAAUCUGCGGUGACAAUUCCAAUUCCAUUAAUAGUCUGAUAGAGGGAUGUGAUCAAGCUGCAGUACUUGGUGCAUGGCUUGAACAAAUGCAACUUGAUCAGGCCUUAACUUAAGGCUGUAAGAGCCAGUUUUCAGCUUCAAUAUUAGGCGGUAGGUAUUGUGUUUUUUGGCUAGUAGGGUGGUGAAGGGAAAGAAGCUGGAAGUUAUUGACAGAUUCAUUUCAUAAAAACAGAUUUGUUAUUACUUAAAGCCCAUCCUGUUCCAGAUUUGGGAUCUAUCUUGGUUUCUAAACUACAGUAGGUUUUUGAAGGAAACAAAGAUAUCCUUUGUGUCAUAUGGUUAAUUAUUGUAAUGCUAUUUACUGAAAUUUUUAAUUUUAGUCCAUUAUCAUGGAGUUGGCUAA